AUGCUGCCACACCAGUACCGAAAUUUCGGCUACGGCCAUGACCGGGUUGACACCGAAGACCUCGUUGCCUACAUCAGCCGCGAGGUGAACCGCCAGGACGCGUUUCUGUCCGACUCAGACAUCAGAAAAUUUAUCGACGAGCUGCACGACGAUUUAAAUGCGGGCGGGGCUCUCGAAAUCGCCCUGGCGGCGAGAUUCAGGCGCAAUCUGGCCAAAGACCUGGACUCGGCUCGAAAUCAAGGCUUGUACCGCAGUCGAAACCGCUUUCUGGUAUUCUGCUACGCAGCACGGCGCUACAACUCACCCGACUUGUCCCGCGGCCUGAACCGCUUCUUCUCGGCGAAUCUGGCAGAGAUUAUGAUCUCGGAGCAGCCAUACUUGAAGGCUCUGUGGUAUCUUGGUGUCGAGCAACUUCGCAGCGCGGCUGCUGAUGACAAGGCCUUCCGUCGAAUGGCGAGUCGGGAUACACCCGUGUUUGAAGAGUGGCGGAGAUCGGGUCCGGACCGUUCCUGGGGCGCGGAAUUGAUCAGGCUGUUCCAGGAUACGACGCAUGAGUGUGAUCACGGACGGACUCAGACUCAGAUCAUCUCGUCUGUUGUGCCAAGGUACCCGACGACACCUCCUCUUCGACAUCGCAAGAUGUACAACUCUUCUCUGCUAGAUCCAGCGCAUGAGAUGCAGACACUUCAGUUGCAGCAGCAGAUCCAGGCGCUCGAUGUAGCAAAACUGAAGCGAGAUGUCGACGACUUACAAUGGUAUCAUCGUUGA